GCCCCGAGCGCCAGGCGCGCAAAGGCGGCGUCGGGGGCUGCAUGGCUGCGGCGGGCUGGGCGCCCCCGGUGGGGCCCUGCGGCGCGGAGGUCGAGCUGCGGCUCCUGGAGCGCCUCUGGCAGCCUUCGGGCGGCUUGCUGGCGCUGGCGGUGCUGCUGGGGAUCGGGCUGGGAGGCGGCGCGGCCGCUCUGCUCUGGCUCGGGGCGCUCGGGCCUCGCCUGCUCCGCCGCCAGGAGGCUGACUCCCAAAGAAUGGUUGAAGGCAGUCGCUCUCUCGCACAGAAACAUCCUUUUGAUUAUCCCUUACCAGAAAUGAAGGAAACCAAGAAAUGGGCUGUCACAGAAAAGGAAGACCAGCUGCCUUUCGACAGCAAUAUUACAGAAUUUGCACUAAAAGCUAAGGUCAUCUAUCCAAUCAACCAAAAAUUUAGGCCCUUGGCAGACGGCUCAUCCAAUCCCUCGCUGCAUGACAGUCCAAAGCAGGCCGUUCUGCCUCAUCAGAUCCUGGAAGGGUCCACCUCAAGCAGCCUGGGUUCCCUCAGUCAGGCAGCCAAAGAGGAUUGUGCUUCAUCCACCACGAUGCACUCUGCAGCAAGUGACGACAGAUACCAGGAUCAAACCUUCCUCAAAGUGGCUCGUUUCCCUGAACUGUUGACCUGCGACACCUUCGAUGUGAAGAUGUGCUCGUACAGCCUCUUUUUGAAGCAUCUCCAACUGCUGGACAUGGAAUUAAGGAAACAAAAACAUCUGGCAAUUCUCUACAUUUUCAGGUUGUACGUAGCUAAUUUUUAUCUUAAAAAGAAGAUCCCUGAAGAUUUGUAUCAAAGCAUCCUUCGUACGCAAGAAACAGCGCUUGAACAGCUGCAAAACCAGGUCAGUUCCAGACUCUUGGAUAUGGAGGGCUCUGGAGCCCAAGAAACAGCAUAUCAAACAUUGGAUGACUUGGAAAGGAAUGAAAAGGGAUACGCGGAUCAUGUCAUAGAUAAUAUGGAAGCUUUCUGGCAACAGACAGACCAUGUCCUGCUCUUUUUCCUGGAUCAGUCCAAGUGCUCAAGUGCCAAAGCAAGGAAAAUCCUGAUGUGCUUGACUGAGGCAACAAUAGCUGUGGAGGAGUACUUCAGAGAAUUGCAGGAUUCACAGACCGUGGCCAUCCAAGAAAGAACGUUUAACUGGGAGCAGCUGGUGAAAAUUGUGGGUCUGCUGAAAACACAGAUACAGGAAGAGAGUAAAUGCAGGCUCCGUGCAAUAUCUCACACGCUGGAUCGGUUAAUUCAAAGUGACAGCCUCACUGUGAGGCAAAAGGAGGAGCUUUUAACAGGAAUCCAGAAGGCUUUUGGAGGGGAAGUAGAACUCUAUGAAGAAAAAUGUAUUCAACUAGGAAAAAAUCUAAUUCAGAAAUGCCUUACAAGUUACACAGAGAAAUCAGAACGCCUAAGCAAAGUUCAGGAUGAUGAGCAAGGAGAUCUCCUCAACCAAAGCCAGCAGCUUGGAAGCCCUGAUGCAUUUCUGAAGGCUUAUUGUGAAAUGUCAGAACGGCAGAUAAAAGCACGAUGCAAGCUGGAAGAAGAGAGUGACUGUGAAACCAUUGAAGCUGUGGCAGAUCUCUAUAAGGAACUGUAUUCACGAUACUCUCGUAGUUUGGAGGACUCGGUUAGUCAGCUGUUUCUUCAGACUCUUCCCGUUUUAACUAGUCUGCCACUAUCAGAAUGUGAACUUCUGAAAGACGAACAGCAGGAAGAUUUGGCCCUGCAGUUAGAGAAAGCAGAGAGCCACAGGCAAAAGCUUUGGACUUCCUUCCAAGAAGAAAUACAAGAAGAACAGAAGCUGUGGAUAGAAGAGCAUGCCUUCUCUGCUAUGAUGCAGAGUCGUUUGUCAGAGACAAAUGAGAAGAUUAUCCAGUGUGUGAUGACCAGAUUGGGCGGGCUCAGCAAGGGAUCUUCAAAAUACAUAACUAAGAAGCACCAAUCCUUGCUCAAGCCCGUCCUGAGGAGGCUGGCGUUCCGACACGUUGCUCUGAGUAUUCUCGCUCGAAUGAGAACAUCGAGGAGAAGAAGUUUCAUUUGGGAGCUGAAAGAACAUCUGAUCCUGCAGCGGAGCUCUUCUCACUGCCUUGAUGAAAACCAGUGGAAACAAUGGAAGGAAACGGAGUCGCACAUUGUUGAAGAGGAGGAGAAACUGGACAAUGAAAUGCUACAGACCAGACUAGAAUUCCACCAGCAGUUAAUGGCAGAAACUCAAGAGACUCUUCAGAUUCUACAGCGGCAGCUGGAGCAAGUGAUUGGCCGGGCCUUGGUCCAGCGCGCUCGGCAGCUGGCUGCAAAGCAUGACACAGACGGGAAAGAAGAUGCCAAGGAGGUGCUGGAAGGAGCCACCGUGCAGAGUCUUUGCGUGUCCAGCCACACAGCCCCGAGGUUGCUGCAGAACUAUUUGGACCAGCUGGCAAAGAUCCAAGAGAGUCACGAAAAUGCAACACUGAAAGCAUUUCAGGAAAGGACUGAAUACCAAAGACAUCAAAAGAAGCAGGAUUGUGAGCAAGGAGACCAUGGGGGCCCUCUGAAUACUUCACCUGCUGGCUGGGAAAGAAUACCGUGGGAGCCAAGGAGGGUUUGGGCUUGGUUUGAGGUCCAGCAACAGGCCCGCUUGGCCUCCCUGCAGCAGAAGAUGUUGCAGCUGAACCACCUGGAGACCCAACUAGAGAACAAGCUAAUGAGAGCGGAGCAGCAACUUGUGGCGAAACUACCUGCUGCAGUUCGCCUUCCCCUGCCUGUCCACAGUCGGCCAUUAGAAUCAACUGCAGAACUAGAACUGGCCCAGGAGGAGGGAAGCGUGUGCCUUUCGCAUCUGAAGCAAACUCAGCCACUGAGGACAAGUGAUAAAAGUGUCAAGGGAACAGGUGUGCCAGUGAGAGCCCUCUCUUCACUUAUCCUGCUUUCUCCAGAAAAGAAGCUACAGUUCCAGGAAAGAGAAGAGGAAGAAGAACUCAACACCAACAUCAGUGUUUCUCCUGGCCAGGCCUCAAAGGAGUUCAGAAAUAAACUGCCGAGUCAUCAAGAAGAUGAAGCUGGCCGUGUGAAAAAUCCAGAGGAGCUGCUGGAGAGAAGAUGCAAGAAUGCUUCAUAAAAGGCUUCUUACUGUUAAGCAAAUUCUUUUGCAUCAGUUGCAGAGAGAGUGAUAACGGCUGAUUCCGCACACGUCGGAUAAUGCACUUUCAAUGCACUUUAUCAAUCGUUUGAGGUGGAUUUUUUGUUCCGCACACAAAAAAAAUCCGUUCCAAAUGAUCUAUAAAGAGGAUUGGAAGUGCAUUAUCCAACGUGUGCGGAAUCAGCCAACAUUAAAACUCGGACAUGAUGCAAACUUAAAUGCUGAAUCUUGAGGGUGCCUUAGCUUCAUACGUGGAUCACCCUGCUAAACAAAGCAGGACAAAACAAGUUCCCUGCCUACAGGACUCCUGGCUCCUUCCAACACCUCUCCAGGGAGCAAUAGCACAGCCAGCUCAGGACUGCUUCUCAGCACUGGCAGAGGUUCCAUGCAAGGCCUUCCCAGGGCUGAGGGACUCUCUCUCCACCUCUGAAAUCGACCUGCAGACGUUAAUCUUCGUGUGUGUCCAGGUGUCCAGAAUUAGAGCUGCGGAACAUUCUCGGUGUUUUGGCAGAGGUCCAGUCAUCCUCCCCAGAGCCUUCGCAGCAGAAAUCUGUCAUUCCUUCUACAGGCAACAGAACUCUGCCCAGCAUGGGUUACCUGGCUCUUGUGACAACAACGCCUUCCCAGAUGCCCGCUCCUCAGGCCACCACCCCUCAUUUUAAACAAACUGCCUUUUAAAUCAUUACAAAGCAACAAAAACUGUUUAAUGUAUUGUCGAAGGCUUUCACGGCCGGAGAACGAUGGUUGUUGGGGGUUUUCCGGGCUGU